AACCAAACCUUCUUACAGGUAAUUCAUCAAACAGUAGUUAUGCUCCUUGCAGCUUCCGAAUUUUAGAAGACCAUGAUGUUCCAAAUCACUUAAAAAUAAGCAAAACUUGAUUAAAGAAACAGAGAAUGGAGUAGUCAAAGUCAAGUGGUUGAGUCUGAAAAGUCAUUUAAAGCCAGCUUCCAGAUGGUGUUGCUUUCAUUCAAUUCUAGCACUUGAUUUUCUAACUACUAUGCCAUAUUGCCAUCAUCAUUCCCAUAGCUACUUUUAGCUUGUUUGGUUCUUCACUUUAGAGUUUCAGAAUCACAUAUUGUUAUUGAGAGCUUCAAAAUCACUUCUUCAAAUUCCAACAUCACCAUGGCUUCUUCUUCUUCCAUGGACUUAGAACAAACACCUCAGGUUCAAGAAAACGUUGCUGAAGGGACUGAGAAGGUGGAGGUAGAAAAUGAAAUAAGGAGCACCGAGAAGAAGAAGAAGAAGAAGGGGAGAUCGUAUUUUCCAAGGCCCAAGCUUAUGUGUUUCAGAGUCCAGCAUGAUGUCACUGGGGAAGGUUUUGACAUGGAUGUUGUUGAUGCGUCUGGUCAGCGUCCCAACCCUCCUACCCACUUGAUCAUAAUGGUUAAUGGUCUCAUUGGCAGCGCUCAUGAUUGGAAAUUUGCUGCUAAGCAGUUUCUUGCCAGGUAUCCAAACGACACUGUUGUACAUUGCAGUGAACGUAAUACUUCAAUAUUGACACUUGAUGGUGUGGAUGUACUGGGAGAAAGAUUAGCAGAGGAGGUUAUACAAGUAAUAAAACGUCACCCAAGUGUUCAGAAAAUUUCAUUUGUAGGCCAUUCUUUAGGAGGCUUGAUAGCAAGGUAUGCAAUAGCCAAGCUUUAUGGGAGAGACAUUUCUAAGGAACUUUCUCAGGGGAAUGGACAUUCUGAGAGUGAGAUUUCAUCAGAUCAAGAAUGCCAUGCUCAUGAUAGAAAAUAUGAAGGAAAAAUUGCAGGACUAGAGCCCAUAAAUUAUAUUUCCUCGGCAUCGCCACACCUUGGUUCUAGAGGGCAUAGACAGGUUCCUAUGUUUUGUGGAUUUCGCUUUCUAGAGAAAACAGCAUAUUGUGCUUCAUGGUUUCUUGGCAAAACAGGAAAACAUCUAUUUUUAGCUGAUUGUAAAAAGGGGAAAUCUCCACUUCUUCUCCAAAUGGCUCGUGACACUGAAGAUAUUAAAUUCCUAUCUGCUUUGCGGUCUUUCAAACACCGUGUUGCCUAUGCAAAUGUUCGUUAUGACCAGCUUGUUGGAUGGAGCACAUCAUCUCUAAGGCGUAGAAAUGAGCUUCCAAAGUGUUUUGUUCAGCGCCGGCAUCUUUCAAGACACGAGGAUUACCCGCAUAUUGUAAAUGUAGAGCCAGCAAAACCUAUUUCUGUUCCUGUGGAAGUUCCUACUGAACCUGAAGUGAAUAGUGGAUCUAGUAAAAUAGACUGGGAAGAGGAAAUGAUCAGAGGUUUAACAUCAAUGAGCUGGGAUCGCGUUGAUGUCAGCUUCAGGGGUAUUAAGCAGUCAUGUCUCGCACAUACUACCAUUCAGGUGAAUACUUAUAAUUGUAUGAAUUCCGACGGAGCAGAUGUGGUCCAACAUAUGGUUGACACAUUUCAGUUAUAGAAUUUUGAAGGCUUUUAAAUUGCUGUCCACGACAUAGAGGAUUUUGGAGUCCUCAUAACAGCAUUGCGACCGCAAUUGCAGCCGCAUCAACCUACAUUUAUCCGUAACACAAUUGCAAGAGCAAUUUAAACAUGGAAUUUUCCUGUAUUGCCUGCUUCUAACAGACAGGGUAAUGGCCAUUAUUUUUUUCUGGAGGGGGGAGGGGGAGGGUGUUUGUGACCAUUCCAACCCAAGCCACUGGACAUUUUGCAACUGAAAGUUGGAAAAAAUACAGAUAUGGAAAGUUCACAGCUCAAAAGAAGGCGAAGAUAAAUUGGCCAAAGGAUGGAAUGCCGGGUGUAUUGUAAUUCUUCCCCAAAGAUAAUAUAUUUGUAUCUAUUCUAUUUAAGAGGGGGUUUAUAAUUUAGUUUUUGAAUAA